CUGAUUGAAUCAAAGUCAUUGCCCUCUUGUCUUUCAUCCAAAUGAAAGUCAGCCUUGUGCGAGAUCUUUUGUUUAAUCACAUGAUCUCUGUUAUAAAUAAACCUGCGAUAGCGAAACUUCCUUGUGCCCGCCUCAAACAGCGAAGGUCGUAACGACCAAACAAUUGCUUAUUUUAUCAGAUAGGCCUUCUGCAGUUCCCUUACAGGUGUUUAAAUUCUGCAAAAGACACAGUGGCACGGCCAGAAAGUGAGCGACAGAAAGAACAAGAGAAAACGGUAGAGGAGCUGUUGAACUGAGCAACAACUACCGGCCAGUCCCUGAGCACUGAGCAGCGGUAGCCAUGUCCUCUCUGUUGCGCUGCGUCUCCUGCUGUGGCUCCACUGUAACCUUGCUCCAGCAAGGUGUCCGUCAACACGCUCCUGGGCCACGGACCUUCAGGACCUUCCCACAGCUCUGGAACAGCGAGCCUGCUAAAGGGCGGCUGUAUAAGGACCUGGUGGUGGGAGUUCCCAAGGAGAUCUUUAAGAAUGAGCGUCGUGUUGCUGUGUCCCCUGCGGGGGUGGAGCUGUUGGUCAAACAGGGUUUUAAUGUCCAGGUGGAGUCUGGAGCAGGAGAACACGCCAAGUUCUCUGACCAGAUGUAUAUAAAUGCUGGUGCUUCCAUCACAGACACUGAUGGGGCGUUUGGCUCUGACCUGGUCCUUAAGGUACGAGGGCCAGUGUUGAAUGAAGCUACAGGGAAGCAUGAGGCAGAGCUGCUGAAGCCCAAGUCCACCCUGGUGAGUUUCAUCUACCCAGCCCAAAACCCUGAGCUCAUGGAGAAGCUGGCCCAGAGUCGAUGCACUGUGCUGGCCAUGGACCAGGUUCCCCGUGUCACCAUCGCCCAGGGCUAUGACGCCCUCAGCUCCAUGGCUAACAUCGCAGGGUACAAGGCUGUGGUUCUGGCUGCUAACCACUUUGGCAGAUUUUUUACUGGUCAGAUCACCGCAGCAGGGAAGGUCCCCCCAGCCAAGGUCCUGGUCAUAGGAGGUGGAGUGGCUGGUUUGGCUGCAGCUGGAGCUGCCAAAUCAAUGGGAGCUAUUGUCAGAGGCUUCGAUACUAGACCUGCAGCUCUGGAGCAGUUUAAGUCAUUCGGGGCAGAACCUUUGGAGGUGCAUAUUAAGGAAUCUGGUGAUGGUGUGGGAGGUUACGCCAAGGAAAUGUCCCCAGAGUUUAUAGCAGCUGAGAUGGAGUUGUUUGCCAAGCAGUGUAAAGAAGUGGACAUCCUUAUCAGUACUGCCCUCAUCCCAGGCAAGCGAGCCCCCAUCCUGAUCAAAACUCAGAUGGUGGAGUCGAUGAAGGAUGGCUCAGUGGUGGUAGAUCUGGCAGCUGAGGCUGGAGGAAACAUUGAGACCACCAAGCCUGGAGAGCUGCAUAUUCACAAGGGUGUUACACACAUAGGCUACACAGACCUGCCAAGCCGAAUGCCAACCCAGGCCAGUUCUCUCUACUCCAACAACGUGCUCAAACUGCUCAAGGCCAUCAGCCCAGACAAAGACUACUUCCACUUUGAACCCAAGGAGGAGUUUGACCAUGGCACGUUGGACCAUGUCAUCAGAGGAACCAUGGUCCUGCAGGAGGGCAGGAAGAUGUUCCCACCCCCCCAGCCCAAGACAGCCCCCCCGGCUGCUCCAGUCAAACAGAAGACCGUGGCAGAGCUGGCGGCAGAGAAGGCAGCUGUAGUCUCACCCUUUCAGAAGACCUUGACCAAUGCUGGUGUCUAUACUGCAGGUCUUUCUACCUGUCUGGCUCUGGGUCUCGCUUCGCCCAACGCUGCCUUCACCCAGAUGGUCACCACCUUCGGCCUGGCCGGCAUUGUAGGAUACCACACGGUGUGGGGCGUAACCCCUGCCCUCCACUCACCGCUCAUGUCUGUCACCAACGCAAUUUCAGGUCUGACUGCUGUGGGCGGGCUGGUCCUGAUGGGGGGUGGGCUCCAUCCCUCCUCUGUUCCAGAGAGCCUGGCUCUGGCUGCAGCCUUUGUGUCCUCUAUCAACAUUGCAGGUGGUUUCAUGAUCACCCAGAGGAUGCUAGACAUGUUUAAGCGUCCUACAGACCCUCCAGAGUACAACUACCUGUAUGCCCUGCCAACGGGCAUCUUCAUUGGAGGAUACGGGGCGUCUGUAGCUGCUGGCUACAACAUCGAGCAGAUGAUGUACCUGGGCUCCGGAAUGUGCUGUGUUGGAGCGUUGGCAGGGCUGUCUUCGCAGGGCACCAGCCGGCUGGGGAAUGCCCUGGGUAUAAUGGGGGUAGCAGGGGGCCUUGCUGCCACCCUCGGCUCCCUGAAGCCCUCCCCUGAGCUGCUGGCGCAGAUGAGUGCUGCCAUGGCAACUGGAGGAACCCUAGGCUUGACCAUUGCUAAGCGAAUAGAGAUCACAGACCUGCCCCAGCUAGUAGCUGCCUUUCACAGCCUCGUGGGUCUGGCUGCAGUGCUGACCUGUGUGGCGGAGUACAUGAUCGAGUACCCCCACCUAGAUGUACACCCUGCGGCCAACAUGGUGAAGACUGUGGCCUACAUUGGCACAUACAUCGGAGGGGUCACCUUCAGUGGAUCACUGGUGGCCUAUGGCAAGCUGCAAGGCAUUCUGAACUCCGCCCCGCUGAUGUUGCCGGGUCGACACGUUAUGAAUGCCAGUCUGAUGGCAGCGUCUGUUGGCGGUAUGGUUCCGUUCAUGCUCAGCGCUGACUACGCUACUGGCAUGGGCUGUCUGGUUGGGGUGUCUGGGCUCUCAACCGUCAUGGGUGUAACUCUGACCAUGGCCAUCGGGGGUGCUGACAUGCCUGUGGUUAUCACUGUGCUAAACUCGUACUCUGGUUGGGCACUGUGUGCCGAAGGUUUCCUAUUGGAUAACAAUCUCAUGACCAUCGUAGGAGCUCUGAUUGGCUCUUCUGGUGCCAUCCUCUCCUACAUCAUGUGUGUGGCAAUGAACCGGUCCCUGCCCAACGUGAUCCUGGGAGGGUUUGGGACGAGUUCCACAGCAGGGGGGAAACCCAUGGAGAUCACAGGAACCCACACAGAGGUAAAUGUGGACCAGUCCGUGGAACUGAUCAAAGAGGCCAACAGCAUCAUCAUCACCCCAGGUUGGGGUCUGUGUGCGGCAAAGGCCCAGUACCCCAUCGCUGACAUGGUGAAGAUGCUGGUGGAGCAGGGCAAGACUGUCAGGUUUGGUAUCCACCCUGUGGCCGGUCGUAUGCCUGGCCAGCUUAACGUUCUCCUGGCUGAGGCCGGCGUCCCAUACGACGUGGUGCUGGAGAUGGAUGAGAUCAAUGAAGACUUCAAAGAGACGGACCUGACGCUGGUGGUUGGGGCUAAUGACACCGUGAACUCGGCAGCCCAGGAGGACCCCAACUCAAUCAUCGCCGGCAUGCCUGUCCUGGAGGUCUGGAAGUCCAAACAGGUGAUUGUGAUGAAGAGGACCAUGGGUGUGGGCUAUGCUGCAGUAGACAACCCAAUCUUCUACAAGCCCAACACAUCCAUGCUGCUGGGAGAUGCCAAGAAGACAUGUGACACUCUACAGGCCAAGAUCAGAGAGGCCUACUACUAGUCUGUACACACACACACCCAGUACACACACUCUGCAUAGGCUUUGUCAUUGACUUACGUAGAUGCAGGUGUAUAUGGAUCCUUCAUCCACUUAGUAAAUAACUGUAAUAACAGAAUAUUUUUCCACUGUGUGUCUUGAUGAUUUAGUGGUCCUUAGUAGAUUAACCAAACGUGUAUGACUUAUUUCAAUUGGAUACAUUUAACUAUUCAAAUGACCAAUGCUGCAUGCACUGCCUGCCCUGCCCUGAUCUGUAAAUAAAUGUUUCAGUGUGACCUGUCA